AUGAAAUAUUAUCUUCUUAUUCUUCUUUUUUUUGUCGCCACCUCGACAAGCGCUUUCAUUAAGCGUGAUUCCGAAACUUUUGUACUUAACGGCGAGAAAUCUUGUGGUAGUGCAAAAUGUGAUUUAGUCACAGCCGACUCUUUAACAGUUGGUUCUCAUACAACGAAAGCUU